UCCAACCUAUAUAAGUAGGGUAUCAUUAUAAUCGUAUGGACCUACAGAAUAAAGAUCAGGGGUCGGUCAGCAGGAUGUCGUCUCCCGAAAUCUCCAAGAUCUCCUGGGGCAGCAUGAAGGUGUCGGGUCAGGUCUAUAAGGACUGCAAGGUGUGGCCUGGAGGGAGCCGGACGUGGGACUGGAGAGAAACCGGAACAGAGCAUCAUCCUGGUGUCCAGCCUGCAGACGUUGAGGAGGUGUUGAAGAAGGGGGUGAAGACGUUGGUCAUUGGCCGCGGUAUGAGUGAAGCUCUGCAGGUCCCUGCGGUCACCCUGGACUACAUCAGAUCUCAAGGCGCAGACGUCCUGGUCUUCCAGACGGAGAAAGCGGUGCAGGAAUAUAACAGCCUGGCCUCACAAGGGGUUAAAGUCGGGGGAUUGUUUCACUCCACCUGCUAAAUCUGCACCGAAAUGUACAGAGUCCUGGCCCUAGAGCGGGAACCUGGGCCCCUGCAUGAUGUAUGUCUGCUGCAGGUGUAUAGUCUGUGGGAUAUAGGGGGGGGGGGACGAUUAUAUUUUUGUUCUGUACAUUUUAUGGUAAAAUGAUCGAAUGCCAAAGCAAAGCUCAAUUGGCUGCACAAAAAUCAAGCUGCAUAUGGGAUUGUAGGGGGGGAAAAUAAUAAAGGUGCUGAGUAGACUAAGAAGAAAAGAAUUGUCUUUGGCCUAAAGGGGGUAAAGCCUCAAUUACACUGCAGAAAGGAUAUUUAUUUAAAUAAAAGGCAAGGAACAAGAUCGGACUAUAAAAAUGUGAAUUCUGCCACUGGAAACCUGUUCC